ACAGAACUCAUCGCAAUAUUUAUUGCAAUUAAACUCAGUGUCGAAAAAAAGGCGGAAGAGAUAAUUAUAUUAACGGACUCCAAGAGCGCAUGUUUAUCAUUUUUAAAAGAGAGCAACAAAAUAUAUGAAAAUAAAAUUAAAGAAAUAGUGGUCGCAAAUAAAAAUAUAAAAGUUACCAUACAAUGGAUCACUGGGCAUAUAAAUAUUAAAGGAAAUGAGAGAGCUGAUAAAGCAGCUAAGGAAGCAACGAAGGAUGGGAUAUGUAUUGAAUGUAGCUUAAAUAGAAAAGAGGUGGACAGAACAAGAAAAGAAUUCAUGUAGAAAAAAUGGACAAAUUUUUGAGAAAAAAAAUAGUGAAACUAAAGGAAAAUUCAACCAUGAAAUCAGACAGGGAAUAUUAGAAAAAAAAUUAUGGUUCAAAAAUAUAAAUUUAAGAAGUGAUCAAAUAAAAAUAAUACAAAAAGGAUUAGAAGUGGACAUUGCUGUGACAAGAAGUUUCUAAAACUAAUAAAAAAGAGGACACAGAAUUAUGCGAUAAGUGCGAAACAGUGGAAGAUAUAAAUCACAUAGUGAUCCAAUGCAGAAAAUUUAAUGAGAUAAGAGAAAACUAUAAGUGCAUUAAUAAUGAAAAGUGAGCAUAAAAAAUAUUCUUAAAAUAGCAAACGGAGAAACAUAUAAGGAGAUCUACAAAUAUAUCAAAGAAAUAAAAGUGAGCAUAUAAUAACUCAAAAACUGUGAUCGUAUAACAAUAAUAAGUGAUAUUAAAAAAAGUGAUAAAUAAAUAAGUGAUAAAUAAAUUAAAAAUAUAAAUAAAAUAAAAUAGUGAAAUCGAGUGAAGUCAGUGAAGUACAUGUAAUAACGGAAAGUUUUAAUUUGAACUAAGUGAACAAACAAAAGUGGCUAUUGUAUAUGAACCCGAGUGAGUCCGACAGCCUUACAUAAAAUAGAAGAAGAAGAAAGAGAACUAAAAACACGCUUUGCAUAUUGCACUAUGUCAGAUAACAAGGAUUUACUAGAAUUACAUACUGAAUUUAUCAUAAAAGAAGAAAUUGAAUCGAAAGAGCAUGAAUUGUGUCGUUUGUGCGUUAAAAAUUCUGUAGAGUAUUCAUCAAUAUUCUUUAAUGAUAUUCACAUAUCUCUCAAGACAAGCUUUGGAUUAGAGAUAGAAGAAACAGACAACUGGCCCAAAUUCAUUUGCCGACAAUGCUUGGAUACUACCUAUAUAUGCCUGGAAUUUAUCUCGACUAUACGGGAAAGCGAAUCCAAAUUGCAGAAUAUUUAUGGAGAUUUAAGAGAUAUCGACAGAAAACCUGAUUUUGAAAUAGUAGACAUAAAGACAUUGCCUGACUUAAAAGAUGAAUUGGGAAGUAAUGAGCCAAAAGAGGAGACUAAUUUAAGGAGAAAGUCUUUGAGAACUGUACAGAAAGACUCCUGCAUUAAAACAUCAUUAAGAAAGCAAGGACAACCUUCAGAAGAAAAUGUAGACAGUGACGGAGACUUAUCAUCCAUGCUUCACUCUCCUGAACAUCCGGCAUUUCCUUCUGUUCAGAACAAUACGAGUGAAGAUGAAGAAAGUGAAGAGGAGCGAACGAAAGUCAAUCCCAAGGAAUUGAAAAAAUCAGAAAAUAUAAAGAAAAUUGAAGAAUUCUUCAAGAUGGAUUGCAAUAUGUGUGACCAAUCGCAUGCGACAUUAGGAGAUUUACGAAGUCACUACCGUACAGUUCACAAGCGUACAGGAUAUGUGGUAUGUUGCAAUGUAAAGUUAAAAAGCCAAUCUAGGAUUUUGCAACAUCUUGAAUUUCAUAUGAACCCAGAUGCGUUCAAAUGUACUCAAUGCGCUAAGUCUUUUAAGAACAAAGUUGGUUUGGAAUUGCACACAGUAAAUAGUCACACUCCCAAAGACCAACACAAGUACAAAUGUCCUAAAUGUCCAAAAACUUUCAUGAGUUCUUUUCGCAUGAAUGCCCAUACCGCUGUACAUGCUACUGGAGAGGAUUAUAUUUGUCCUCACUGUAGUAAAGCAUUUCCUGCAAAGCUCAAUCUUUCCAAUCACAUUAGAAAUAUGCAUGAAGAAAAGACCUAUGAUGUAUGUGAGAUUUGUGCAAAGAAAUUCAAGUAUAAAUCUAUGUUCUUGCGCCAUCAGAAACUCCAUACUGGCGAGAAGGUUGAGAGGAAUCACUCAUGUCCAGUAUGUGGCAAUUCAUUUAGGUACAAAUGCCAUUUGGAAACUCACAUGGAACGUCACAAUGAUUCUGGCCAGGUGUUUCAGUGUCAUAUAUGCAGUAAGAUAUCUGCUAACAAAUCUGCAUUGCAGCAACAUAUAAAGUAUAAUCACAUUCGCGAAAAGAAGCAUAAAUGCAAUCUCUGUGAAAGUGCAUUUAAAACACCUUUGGGAUUGAGAGAGCACAUGGCAACUCAUACAUCUAAUCAAAUUCUCUACACUUGUCUGUUCUGUCCCAGGCAAUUUAACAGUAAGGCUAAUAAGUACGCCCAUCAGAAACGAAAGCAUCCUGCUAAGUAUGAGGAAAUGAAACAAAAGGAAAAAUCUCAAAAUUUUCGCAAUAAAAUGGAAUAAUUUCAGCAU